CACCACGACUCAGCUCGGACACGUCGGCCUUAUUCGUCCUCCGGUCUCUCAAGUCGAAAUCCGGAUCGAAGGUCCAGGGUCCGUGUGUGUCUCCCUUUGAAUCGCGAUUUCAGGUUCGCGCGGCCAGGGUGGUGAAAUCGAUAAUCAACCGACCUGGUGACCUCGACUCAACUACACAGUCGUCUUCCUUGCCAGUCCUCUAAGGUACCACCCCACCAUCAUAUCAGAGCAUACAAGGAUGGUUCCCCACCUUCAUAGCUCUACGACCACCCCGGCCAAAUCGUCCCACUACACCCAAGCCCUCUCGGGCGCGCUCGUCGCCGGAUCAUGGGGUGACAAACAGCCAGUGAAACAGCCCAACGGGUCGACGCUGUUGGACUGGAGCGAGGGGAUCAGAAAGUGGGGGAAACAUACCGUUGGAGAUACGGCCUACCUGGAGCUAUUGAGAAACGUCUCGCUAGCCUACCAUUCAUCUCGACAGCCCGGUACCUCUAGCUCUGCCCAAAUUUUCCCAUCACAGUCUCAUGCACAACCGUCUUCCUCGACCUCCACCUCUGCUCCCGGGGUCGUCCUCGACCCGUCUACCACCUCGAACGCAAACGCUAUAGGUACGAGGACCUCGGUCCCGCCUUCCUCGGCAUCAGACCAGUCGAGAGAGACCACCCACACUACCACCACGACGAAUACGAAUACGACCCACUCGUUCAUCUCGAUCCCCCCGUCGCAGACGGAAUCCGAGUCGGAAAGGACCUCGGGAAGUACGAGCACGGGGAGUUAUGUGCACGUCUCUGGGGAAGCGAGUGGAGGGCACGGCAACGAUAAUCUCGGCAACGCUCACGCGGAGAGCCUUUUAAGGACGAGCGGGGGUGUGGAACCGGGUACAGUCGAUUUAGGGUUGGCACCUCCGAUCUUAGGCGUUGAGAUCGGCUCUCCGUUAGGAGCGGUUGGAGGUGGUGAUCUUGCGGGACCGUCCUCUACGACAACCACAUCGACGGGAACAGCGACAAUGACAACGGGGAGGAACGUGGUCGAGGAUUCAGCAUCGGCAUCGACGAUCGUACCUUCCCCUUCACCCGGGAUAGGCGCCAGGGUCGGGACGGGCGAGCAGGUCUCUGGGAAUAAUGUGCCAUCUGGAGCGGUUCUACCACCGCAAUCCCAACAAACACAACAAUCAGAACAGCAGACACCGUUUCAGCGGAAUUUACAACCUGCCGCUUCUACCUCGACGACCACGUCUACAUCUCUGCCCGCAUCCACCUCCCAAUCGGCCCCGGCGGCGGCGCCAAUGCCAGCUCAAACUACCUCGACGGCGGAAUACCUCUCCUCGACCUGGUUGGACGGAGACGAGUCUGAACAAUCGAUCUUGUCCGGUCAGAUCCGGGGCGGGUCGAAAGAUGUUCCGGAAGGGAGAGAUUUGGUCAAAGAUCUAGGGAAGGUGGGAGAGGGAGUGAGGACGCAUGGGAAGGGGGUCUUGGGCAGGGCCUACUUGUUAUUACUAGCCUACUACCAACACGUUCUGGGCGACUACACGGCCUCGAUCGGGACGUACGAAAAGGUCGAUUGGGCGGGAGAGAUGGAUACGACGGGUCACGAGAUGGGAUUGAGCUUGAUGGCGCAGCGGGUGGAUUGGUUGCGUGGGAUGGUCGUUUACGGUAUGAGCUUGGAGGCUGUAGGUCGAAUCGAGGAUGCGCUGGAUCGAUACAUCAAGGCAAUCAAGAUGUUUGCCGACAUUCCCGGUCUGACGUUGCCCUUGACCGACACGUUCCUUGUGGCCCCUCCGGCUACGGCCAAGGGGUUGACCGGCGCCAAGGUUCUCCCUACCCCGGCUCAACGACACUCGACGCGAUCAACACCGACGUUCGGGUCUCAUCGCGAGGCCCACCGUUGGGUCUCGGUCGCCCUCACUAGGGGAUCGGUCAUCUCGGCCCAAACGACCGACCUGAAUAGGACGUUGCGACUGAUCAGGACGUACCACGUGAUGAGCAAGAUGUGGCCCACCUCGUUCAGGCCACAACAACAGGCUUUCAUGAUCAGCCUCUAUCUACGUACCUUGCAUGCCGCCUGUCGACCUUCCAACACGCCUCAUCGAGAAGGAACCGAAUGGCUCGUCUGUGAGAUUCCCAACUCGGUCAGCACGCAGAUCAAGGGUAGCCGAUCCCAGCUGUGGUCGAGGGAAUGGCUCGAGGCGAUCAAGGAGGGCAAGCGAUUGUUGAGCGAGACGACGGCUUUCCCCCGAGCGGGAGAGGUCAACUGGAAGGUCAGACGGUUCGUCGAGAGCUGUGUUGGGAUAUGGGAGCGAUCGGGGUGUGGUGUGGCUUCCGGCAAGGAACUCGUCAAGAUCCUCUGGUGGGCGAUCGAGAUGACGUUCCACUCGCAGGCCAUCCUCAGACACCUGAUGAGGUUGCUCUUUGUCACUGGGCAACACGAUGACGCUCGACGGGUAUUCGAGCUGUACGUCAAGCUCGUCCUGAAGGCUCGGCAGACGGCGCAGCCUGAAGAAUCGUUGCAGUUGCGCAAGACGACGACCAAAGAAGAACCUUCGGUACCGCAUCAGGUCGAGGCGGACGACGUGUACCAGAACGACGUGGAAGAGCAGCUCGCCGAGGGGGACACGGAUCGAGACGUCGAGUUUCUCGAGGCUCUUUUGCUGGGUUCCAGACUGUUCACGCAGGAACUCGCAAACCCUACCGAAGCCUGGAGGUACGCUCUUCUCGCCAGCGAUGUGGUCGCUGUUGGGAAGCGACAUAUUGCCAAGGCGUUCAAGGCCAAGGUGGAAGAGAGCAAGGGGAUCAUCCGGAUGGCGAUGGCGUCCGAGGAAGGAGAUCCGUUGACCCGACCGACUUUGCAAGCGCAAGGACUCGCUCACCUUGUCGAGGCUGCCCGGCUCGCACCGUCCAGCUCGGCCGUGCGAUAUCACCUAGCAUACGCACGGACCGAGGCUCGUGAUAUCCCCGGCGCGCUGGAUGCGAUCCGAGAGACCAUCGAGUUGGCACCCAGCAAUGUCGAGGCUUGGCACCUGCUGACCCUACUUCUCACGGCGAGUAACGAUUGGGCGGGUGCGCUGAAAGCUUCUCAGGCUGGAAUUGAUACUUGGGAGACGGUCGAACGAGAGAUGGCUAAAUCUCAACCCGUCGAAGAUGUCGGUCCGGUUGAUGUGGUGCCCUUCGGUGUCUCGACACGGGAUUAUGCCUUAGACGAUGAGGGUACGGAACAUGAGCAGGAGAGGUCGCAUGAGAGCCAGAGUAUCAUUGUGGAUCGGUCGGUCUUGCCGAUCGCCAAGAGCUCGAUCGCUUCAUCUCCACCGCCGGCAACCGCAGCGACCCGACUCGCCAACGUUAUCCAGCUUCGCAUGACCCAGGCCGUCAUCGUAGAAAAGCUCCACGGUCCUGACGAUGCCAUGAUCCGUCAACAGGAAACGUUCGCCUACUUUUCAAGCCGUACCGGCUACUCGAGACCUGGUGGCUACGAACCCGGCAGCGGCGACGGCGGUAGCGUGCGUGAUCUCGGCGAGAGUUAUGUGGCUGUCAAUGAUGCUAGGCCCGCUGGAUUACCAGAUAUGGGUGAAUCCGCGCUCAUGUCGCCUCCGCGUCCACGACAAGGAGAAAAUUCCCUAUCACGAGCUUCGACGCAGAACGCGAGUGGUUAUCACGUCAGCUCAGCACCACCGUCCGAAGACGAAGCAGAAACUAAGAGCUUGUCUGGUCGCAAACAACGCUUCCUGGUCCGACAUCUACAGGUACCCGGAUCCAAGAAGGGAGGUCAUCGAGCGACCGGUACGCCACGCCGUCCAACCCAUCUGCCCUCUACCGAGAACCGACCCAGAGCAGUCUCGACCGGCGCUUCCAUUCGAUCGCGAGGCACGACUCCCGCUCACUCCCAUUAUCACGGUGCGCGUCCGGCUCCACCGCCGCCACCACCCCUCGACUUGCCUUCAACACCUCCUACCGGUAGAAACGCUUCGGAGACCCGUCUUCUUGCCGAUCUCUGGCUGCAGUCCGCCGCGACAUUCCGAAGAAGCGGGAAGAUUGAGCAGGCUUUAGGAGCUAUUCAGGAGGCCGAAGUGAUGGACCCGACUAACCCAGAGGUCUGGGUGCAACUCGGUUGGUACUACUCGGCCACAGAAAACCAAGAGCUGGCGCUGCAAGCCACUGGCAAAGCCCUCGUCCUGGCGCCUGAAUAUCCGCCCGCCGUGAUACGAAUGGCCGAAUUGUACAUGUCACGCAACCAAGCCGAUCUUGCGCAUGGGCUGCUGAACCCACUGACGCAGGGAAGAGGCUGGGAUGUAGCAGAGGCCUGGUACCAGCUCGGUAAGGUAUGUCAAGCGCAAGGCGGCCGGGGAGAGCGAACAAAGGAGUGUCUGCUGUUCGCUCUUCAACUUGAAAAGGGGCGUUUAUGCAGACCCCUUGGACGAGUCGUGGAUAGAUGGGCAUGAAUGGGGCAUCACCCGGAGACUGACGCACGAAACUGUAUAAUGUGGUGACGCGACCUAUAUACCUUACAACUUUGUACUAUAUGUCGUCACUUUGGCUCAAAACAAGAUCGACACGUCCCAAUCCCUGUUUCAAAUCUCAUCGAGGCGUCCUGAACAUGUUGCCUGUACAGCUCGGCGCCUUGCUGUAAAGCGAAGCCGUGUUGAGCGCGCAUUGU